CCAAAAGUCUCUACACCAGGGGACUGCUGUGACGUGUCACUAGAUACGUCAUUACGUUCCGCUCAGAGGCUAUGGCGCUUCCUGACUGGAUAAUAACACUGGUAGCCACUUCAUCCUUCAUCUGUUUUUGUUUGUGCCUUCGCUACAGACGGACAGGACAGGUGUUUUGGAGAAAAUUGUUCAGCAAGAUAAUGGCCCGAACGGAGAAGCCCUUGUUCCGAAUAGCGUACACACUCUACACUAAGACCAGACUUGGCUACAUGUACUACAAACGGCAAAUGCGGAAAGCUCGUGAAAAUUACCCUGGAGGGCAUUCAACUACAGAUCCCGUGGAGUUCAGUGGUGUUAAAAUAAUUCCUAUCUCUGUGCUCUCUGACAACUACAGCUACCUUAUCAUUGACAGAGCCUCGAGCAUCGCAGUCGUUGUAGACCCUGCAGACCCUCAGACAGUUCAGGCAGUCCUCGAGGCAGAAGGAGUAAUGUUAGAAGCAAUACUGUGUACACACAAGCACUGGGACCACAGUGGGGGAAACAAAGGGUUGAAAAGGCUGCACAGCUCAUGCCGAGUUUAUGGAAAUGCAGCUGAUAACAUUCCCGGCCUCACGCACCCGCUUUCACACAAUGACUCGGUAACAGUUGGGCGUAUGCACUUUAAGGCCCUCUUUACCCCUGGACACACAGUAGGCCACAUGAUCUACCUCUUGGAUGGUCAAACAGUCGGUGCCCCCUCCAGCCUCUUCUCUGGUGACCUGGUGUUUCUCUCAGGAUGUGGGAGAAUGUUUGAAGGCAGUGCAACAACAAUGCUGUCAUCUCUGGACACAGUUGGCUCCUUGACUGAUGAUACUCUUUUAUGGCCUGGUCAUGAGUAUGCAGAAGACAACCUGCUGUUUGCUGCUGAGGUUGAGCCGCACAACACAGCCAGGGAAAACAAAUAUCAGUGGGUGCUGCAGCAGCGAGGCCAGAAGCUGUGCACGUGUCCCUCCACGAUUGGAGAUGAGAAGCAGUACAAUCCUUUUCUGCGCAGCCACUCUGCAGAGCUCCACCUGGCUCUGGGUGUCCAGCAAUUCCAGGAAGAAGACUGGACCCAGUUUAGGGCAAGGGUGCUGGAGGAACUGCGAAAACGCAAAGACCUCUACAACAGGAGAUAGUACUACCAAGACAUCCACUAAACUUUAGGGAACAGCAGAUUGAGCUCAGCUGCACCAGGCAUUGGUACAAAAGCAGCUAUUUGCAGGUGAAAGCUAAUAAUAAACUGAUCUCUAAAGGUACUGUAGAAACAGUUUGAUCUAUUCUCUCAAUAUUAAGGGGCAUUAAGUAGUUUCUGACCUGUAGCCCUGUAGCCAGGAUGGUAACCACAACUUCGUUAUUACAUAAUACUCAUUAAUAGUUCUGUUACCUCUCCAAAUGCUGUAAACUACAGUCAUUUUUUUGUUCAUGAGAAGAGCAGUGCUUUUGUCUUUACUUUUAACAUAGGAUGUAAAUAAUAUUGUUUUGCAUUACUAGAGCAUAGACAUUUUUUUCUUAUUGAGGUUUUUUUGAAACACAGGGUGAUAACAAUGCACUACACUGAACCGUUAACAUGUUAGGUACUGAUUUGUUUACUCAAUAGUAGUUUUUAGAACAAGUAACAAAUUGUAUUUAAAAGGUUUCUGAGACAAUCUUUGGUACACACGCUGUAUUUGUUACCCUGGUUUCAGACUUACAGUGAUGCUGAAGGGUAAUUAUGUUCUCCCCAAAGACUGACAGUUUGGGAUUUGAGUAUUUGACUGGGAGUAUUUGAUAUUGUGAUUUCAACAUAUUCUCCAAAUUAAUGCUAGGAUUCAUUUAAUAAAUCGCAAAGGCACUUUGCUGCUGGUACCUUGUGUCAAAGUGAGCACAAUGUGACAAAAAAAAAGUCUGUACAUUAAUUUUUUUUAAUAAUAAAUCAGUUUAUUAAUGCUGAUUUUUUUUUUUAGUUUGACUUAAACAAACAUUCAUUCUUUGCAAUGGUUGUGUUUGGGCUACUUGUACUGUUAGUUUUUUAUUUUUUUUAUUUUUUUUUGGUUUGAUUUCCUCAAGAAUUCAUACAUUAUAGUUCAUGUUAUAAUUGAUGUGAAGAACGUAAACAAGUGGGCCAAAGACAAAAAUGUAUAUUUUCUUGAACAGAUCUCUAUUGUGCCUGUGAGCAAAUGAUUUUUUGUGAACUUCUUGUUAUCAUUUUAAAUUUGUUCACUCCCUGAAUGUGAACUACAAAAUAUGUGAAGGAUCUAACUGGUACUUAACUGUAAUAAGACAUGACUGAAUUCAUGUUGAAGGGACGGUUGAAUUAAGACUGCAUUUAUAAUGUGACUGUGGCAAAAUAAAUAUUGUUUUUUGUUUUGGUGUUUUUGACCAAUUAAAACCUUUGGAAUGCAAAA